UAACUACUCUGACCGACCGACCGACCGACAGAGAGAGUGAGCAGGCUUGCAGGCUGAGAAGCGUCUCAGUCCCACUCACAACAUAGAGGCAGGCACACUGCCAGUCAAUCACUUGCUGUUACUCUGGACUCUACUCCAUUAUUCAAUGCUCAAUUCAUUAUUUGCUGCAGGGUGAUGCAGGGACCAUUAUUCAGAAUGGACAACAGUAAGGUACCAGUUCACAGAAGGCCUAGCUCUGCAUGAAACUAAAGAAAUGCUGAAAAAACUGUGGCAUGCAUAAGCCAUCUGCUGUCUGUGAGUUUGUACAUUGUUGUACUGGGGCAGAUCCCUCUCUAACGGAAGACGUGCAAUCUUCACCUCAGUUCCUGUGAUCAUUUAAGAACUGGAGCUCCAUUCCUCCAGACGUCUACAACAGAGAAUCCCCAUCUUGUGAUGAACGAAUAAUAGGCAGACAACUUUGAAGCCACUGCUUGAGGAAAUAUCAAGAUUAAAAAAUCAAACCUGGAUAUAACUGUGAGUUUGAAAGCUGUUACUGCCAUUCAGAAAUUGUAUGUUUUUUACAGACCAUCCAGUGUACCAAGCAAGUAAUCAGCAGUAUAGCAAAACAACAAGGAGGAACAUUGCCUUGAGGCUAGCGAACGCUCCCCUACCCAUUCUCCCAGUGCUAAUUGGACCACAAGGUAGCAGAUGCCCCUGGUGCAGUCGCGGAGCCAACACAAGCCCUAGGCAGUAGCCACACGACUGGUGUGUGAUUGACAGCUCCAGUCAUCAGUCAUAGACCUCCCCUCACAUAUACAGGUCAGACUCUGGUGACAUGGACUCGGCAUACACGUGAAAUAUUAACAGGCAUCCUACCACUAGAGGAAAUCUAAUUUAUGACUUGCUGUGUGAAGUGAAAGCUGGAUUUUGGUCUUACAUUUCACUGAUAUCGGCAACUGAUCAGUCGCUUCUGUGUGGUUUUACAACAGCAAGAACACUGGGCUUACUACACAUUGCUUGAGGAAAGACCUCGCGUGUUGGGAUUAUUUUUUGGUGUGUCAUUAUUACUGUGGUCAGUGUGUUCACAGCACAAGUAGACUUUAUAACAUUAUAACAUUAUAACAGUAUAACAGAGAUAUUUCUCACAGAACUUGUCAACAAGAUCCAAUGCUGAAAUCAAUGGAGAAAGAGUUUUAAAGUGAAGCUGGUUCUUUGAAGGAUUUUCAGGCACAGUAACAGCUCAGAGACGAAACUCUACCCAUCCUAGCAGGGAAUAAAUGAGUUAAUUUAGAUGUGGUAACAACUUUAUUAAAGUCAUUCCCCACUUCUGCGUGUGACUUCCUAUCGGUACUGGAACACACACUGGCACACUGUGUUUGAGACUGUUUCGUCAUUAUAAGGGCCAUGCAGGAGACACAUACGUUUUUAUAUAGACAACUCCAUCAUCUGAACAUGGCUUUCCUUGGGACUUUGUGUUUGUUGCUGUGUGGAAUAACUGCUGCAGUUGGAUCAUCGGAACUUGAAGGCUGCGAUUCUGGAGCCCAGUUUGUAGCACAAGAUCUGGACGUCAGCUCUUUUCAUGAUGGGAAAAGCACGGUACCACGAUACUAUCGAUACAUCAUGGUGGAUACUUUGUCCCAGAGCCUGCUUGUUGGAGCCAUGAACAGGAUAUAUGGACUCAGUCUUACCAAUGUCACAGACAAAGCAAGUGUACGGAAAAAGGACCUCUCCCCCAACCGUGCUGACGUUGGCAGAUGUAAAAUACAGGGCAAGAAGGAGCUCCCAGACUGUCAGAACCACAUUCGCUUCAUCGCCCGUAACACCAGCAGUUCCAACACACUGUAUGUGUGUGGCACCGGCUCCUACAACCCCACCAGCUACCAACUCAGUGUCCCAGUUAAUGACUUCCUGGUGUUGUCGCAUUCGUCAGGAAUUGGGAUGUGUCCGUAUGACCCCUUUGAUAAUGCCACAGCUUUGUUUGUCGAGGAAUCCAACCCUGGUGACAUUCCUGGCCAGUACUCGGGGACAGUCACAGACUUCAUCAAAGCUGACCCUAUACUGUUCCGCCCUGACCUCUACCACAGAAAUGGAACCAUGGCCGUCGGCUACGUCAGGACUCAGAGGAAUGACCCAAAAUGGCUAAAUGAGCCCCAGUUUGUCGGGUCCUUCGACGUGGGCAACCAAGUCUACUUCUUCUUCCGCGAGGUUGCAUUGGAGUACACCAACUGUGGCAAGAAGAUCUACUCCAGAGUGGCCAAAGUCUGCAAGAACGACAAGGGAGGGAAGGCUGUGCUGAACCAUGUGUGGACCUCCUACCUGAAGGCUCGACUCAACUGCUCCAUCCCGGGGGAAUACCCGUACUACUUUGAUGAAAUACAGGAUGUGUAUUCAGUUGAUGGGCAGACAUUUUAUGGGCUCUUCACAACAAAUGUAAAUGGCUUGACUGCCUCAGCCAUCUGUGCAUUUACUGUGCACCAAAUUGAACGAGCUUUCAACGGCCCAUUCAAGGACCAGACCAACAGCAAGUCUAACUGGCUUCCUGUACCAGAGGUAGAAGUUCCAGAUCCCAGGCCAGGAAAUUGUUCCGUGGACGACACCCGCAGCCUGCCCGACACCGUCAUCAACUUCAUCAAGUCCCACCCUCUGAUGGACCAGGCCGUGGCGCACCAAUAUGGCCGCCCAAUCUUCUACAAGGGCAACUGCCUGAUGCAGAGGCUAGCUGUGGCUUCCAAUGUGUCUGGCCAUGGGGAACUGGUCUUCUAUACCGCCAGUAACACUGGGCUGGUGUACAAGAUAUUUGCCUGGCCAUCCGAGUCAACGCAUAAGGCUCCACACAGCAUCCUGUCAACUAUUUUCAAACCAUUUGAAUCUGUUAGGCCUGUGUGGAGUAUGAAGCUUCAUGGCAAGUAUGUGUACCUGGGCACGGACAUCUCGGUGACGCAGCUGAAGAUCGAGAUCUGUCAGAAGUACAUGAAGGUGGACCAGUGUCUGUACGACCCCUACUGCGGCUGGGACCGCGACGCGGGAAUAUGUCGCAGUGGCAGCACCUACAGAAAAUUGGUCACAUACAGACAUAUUGAUCGGACCAUGGCCUGGGAAGCUGCGAUUGAAGACGCACUCGGACAACCAUUAUAUAAUUCUAAAAGUAUAUGGAAGGCUACAGGCAGUUCGCUAACAUUACGAGUGGAGUAUAAAUUAAAUAUUGAAGGUUUAGUCACAUGGACAAAGAAUGGUUCACACGUACAAAGUGAUCGCCAUAUUCUAGCCCAUGAUAAUUCCUUAGUGAUCCCUGACCUGACAGCAGCGGACCAGGGCGUUUACAGAGCUGCUGACACAAAGAAUAGGCUUGUAGCUGAAUACGCAGUCUCAGUAGAUACCACUAAAGAAGAAAUAGAACAAAGAUGGAUAAGAAAGUUUGACGAAUGGUGUCAUGAAUUUGAAAAAUAUCAGAAUGAUAUCAGGAUAUGGGAAAAUAAGUGCAGUUCAUGUUGUCAGAGUCCUGGGAAUGCAAUAUCUCAGUUUGGUGGCAAAUAACAAUAGCUGUGUGGUAACAUUGAGACAAUUGAAUAAACCUGUUUGUUCACACAGUGAACACACUGCCUUAGUGCUUGAUGCGCUGUCCUGUGAUAUGAAACGUGAUCAGGCCAUUCCCAACCCAGCAAUGUGUAGUAGAACAGACCGAUUACCACCGACACAUUCAGACCUUUUUUUUCUGGGGAAUGGACGAGAAUAUGCACAAAUGGCAAUUCAUAUGACAGAGAAUUCUGUGCUUGUGGAAACGACGGACACAGUUGGAUUUGUGUUUAAAAAAUAUUUUUAGUUGCCAAGUACACGAAAUACGAGAAUGAGUGUAUGGUCUUUCGUUUAAUUUGAUUUAGAGGAUGUAAUGAUGGACUUGAUGAGAUUGCGUUUCCAUUUGUUGUUUUAUUUCAAAUUCCAGAGUUACAGUCAUGCAGGAUUUGUGGACAGAAUGGUUACAGGGUUUUAGAACAAAAUGUUUUUAGUGUUUUCGUUCAAAACCUUGAGAAUUGAAGUCAAGAAAAAGAAUGUUGAAACUCAUGAGGACUUAAUCACGAAUUGAUGGAGAACUGGAAGCAUGGAAUUGAAAUGAUUAUAUUAAAUGGCAGAGAAUUGGACAAGUUUAUUUGGAGUGAAAAUACAUUUGUCAUCUACAAGCAAUAACUCUCCUAGUGGUGAAGAAUGGUUUAACUUUUCUACAAAGAUCUGAAUUUGAAGUAUUUUUUUAUUUGCUGAUUUAAUCACACCAGGAAAGAACUGUGCAUACUUCUAGAAGGUUUCACAAAGGGCAAGAUAAAUGGUGACACAUUACAUUGCUGGAACAAACUGCCAUGUCAGCAGUUUUUGCACACCUAUCCAUUUCAGUGUAUUUGUGGUGCAUCAGGAUUUUAUGUGAAAUGAACAUUUUUUGUGAUUGACACAUUGUCAGUCAUGUUUCACAGAGAACACUGCAUACUAAACUGGUUCUUUCACAUUUGUUUGAAGACUUUAAUGAGCAACAGAUGAACCAGUUGCAAAUGUGCAUACACAAUGCUAUGAGUACUCUUGCCAGGGAAACUCUCAGUGUGAAAUAGAUGUAUUUUAUGUCAACACUUCGUCCCACGAGCUGGACACACAGUGUCCUUGAUAAGGUUCACAAUGCAUAGGAAUAAGAAGAGGAAUAGUCCGACCUGGAGAUGAAAGAACGGUGGAUUCUCUGCACAGUCUAGAUGGAUUGCCUCAAACAGCAUUUUGCAAUGCAUCACGUGUAAUAUAUUUGUGCACAGACCUCAAGAUGAGGUUUGUGAACUUGUGGUUAUCAUAAUAUGUAAACAUUAUGACGGAACUUUCUCCAUUGAUUCUGUACAGAUUCCUAGAUUUUUUCAUGAAAUGCAUUUCUAUGGCAGUUACAUCACAUGAAAUGAACGUGUCAGUCCUACCUGUCAUUGAGGUGUUGAUAGUGAUUAAUUUAUUGAUGGACUACAAGCAAUUGAUGGAGAGAGUGUAUUCUAGUGGUAAUCAGCUGGAUGCCUGUUAUUGUUUGUGUAUCUUGUGUACAGAUAUCAUUGCGCACAACCCAUAUAUGUAGAGGAGUCAAAUGGCCGGCCGUCAAAACCUGUGAAAUUACUCCUUGAAAUAAUGUAACGUCUUAAACAAAAUAUACAUGUGCAUGUAAUGAAAUGUGUACUUUAUUUUGUAACAGUUUGGGUGGAAUAUUUUAAAAGCUUGUUUGGGGAGAAAAAUGGGAUUUUACAAGUGCUUCUUUUAGUUAUAACGUUUUUGGUAAUAAAAUCCUUCUAAUAAUUGAUCACAAAUUUUAUUUAGUAAAUAACAUCAUCCUUUCAAUAAAUUAUUUUAGUAACAUAUUUUGAAAAUUAAGUAUAUUAUUUUAGGAUAUAAUUUCAUCAGGGAAUGAUGGGAAGGUCAUGUGAUCAUUGUAUCGUAUCUCGCCCUAUGACUGUGCAGGAACAGGGCUAGCUCAUACCUCAGUGUUCAAGUCAUGGUCACUACUUGCCUUGGUGCAAACUACAGACAGCUUGUACAUGCAGUGUCAAUCAUGGAUGGUGCUCGAUGCACAGGGAGCAUGCUGCACACUAAGCCUGUGCUCAGUUAGAUUUUGAAAGCAGGCCUUUUAGGUUGAAAGACAGAAUACUGGUUUGCAAAUGCAUUGUGUAUGGAGCAGUGAAGGUAUUUUAAUAAAACUAUCGUAUCUUAGGUUUUACUUGAAAUAUAUUUGAAUUAUCUUGUGUUUACAUUAAACUUCCAUUUUCAUAUCAUCAGGCGCGUUGCUUAGCGAUGUAUUGUAAUCAAGUUUUUCCUUUCAUAUGAUGUCAUGAUCCAAGAUAUUCAAAUGUGUAACUAUCACAAACUGAACCAUUUGUAUUUCUCACGUCAAAACAAUAUAUUCCUGAAAGUACUAUAAUAGGAAUCUGUCAUAGGAAAUGAAUAUCUUCCAAAGGCGUACAAUUUUUAUCGCACUGUAUAAUACUGGCAUAAUAUGAACUCUAUAUGCCGUCCAUAAACUGUCUGUGAUGCGGUGUGCGUACAAGCUGUCUUUAUGUAAACAUGUAGAUAAGCAUUUUGUAAUGUAAUAUAUGAAUGCAGAUCUUUGUAUAAUGUUGAGGAGUUUGGUGUCACACUUUUGAUGUGUGUCUGAGUUCUAAUGUUUGAAAUGACUGGGUGGAUGUGCAAAGUUUAUAUAGAAAUAUAUAUAUUUUAGUUUAUACAAACAGUCGAUACUGAAGUGGUAGCACAGGAUUGCUUAAAUGUUCAGAAUUUCAGAUCCAAUAAUUGGACAUUACAAAAGCUCCCUGGGUUGUUUCAGCAGAUGCCCAAACAAUAUUCCUACGAUGGGUCCCAACUCUACAUCAGCAACACAUGCCAUGGUCAUAUCACAACACUUCCUGGUUAUCAAUUUGGGUUUAUCUAAAUAUUAUAAAAAGUGAAGAUUUUGAUUUCUUUCUAUAAAUACUUUAACCAAAUUACUGUUUUGUUGCUUGAUAAAUUUACCAAAUAUUCAGGAGGUGUUUGUAGAAGAAAUGUUCUAUUAUUUCAGUGUGUCUUUGUAAAUUAAAAAAAAUCACCAGGGACCACUGGGGUGCACAUCUUGAAAAGCAAAUGGCUUUAUUUUUAUUAAUUAUUGAGUUUACAGAUUAACUUACCUGAACUUCAUAAAUUUGGAAUGAAAUACUAAUUAUAUUACAAAUUUGAUGUCUUUUUUCUUUCUUAGAAGAGUCUGUUGCCUAAUUUCAGGGAAGUAAAACUUUGAAUAUAUUUUCGGUCUCAACUGGUCUAUCAAUUUUAAAGUGUCUUUUUGUCUUAAAACAUUUUUCAAAAUUUGAUAUUAAUUAUGGUUUGGGGAAGAGAAAUCUGUAAACCAAAAAAUAUUAAAGAACAGGCCUGUGAGAAAAUAAGUGAUUUCUCUGAUGUAUAUUUUGUUCUUGUAUUGAAUGAAAUGGUCAUUUGAUUUGCAAGUUUCCUGAAGAAAGUAGUUUAUUUUAGUUGAUGUAUUUAAGAUGCAAGAAUGCUGUAGAUACAUGUGUACAGUGAGUCACCUGAGACAGGUGAUGUUAUUGUAAAGUCUGUACAUUGGUUGGUCAAAUGUCAAAAGGCUGCAAAAAAUAAAUUUACAUGAAUUUA